UCCCGCAUCUACCUCAUUUCACCUCUUGCCAGAGUUCAAUUGUUGCAUACGGGUCGCUGAGCCAGCAAUUAUUGCAAUUCAUCAAAAUGGAAAUUUUCAAUGCCACGGGAAGAGAAAUCGAUGUGCGACUCAUCAUAUGCGGUGUGGGGGUGCUGCUCGCCAUUGUCUCAUUCGUGGUAUCCCGCCGAGCUGAACCGCUGCAAGGCAUACCAGUGAUGACUGGAUAUGGAGACGACCAUGAAAAAGCUAUGGUGGAAGGUACAAUGAAAUAUCCAGACAGUCCCUUCAUUGUGCCAACCCAACGACCCCUCGUUAUUGUACCAACAUGCUGCUAUGAAGAACUCAAAAACGUACCCCAAACAAAGGCCACAUUUUGGGAAUUUCAAAAGAAGGAGAUGUGUGCAGAGUUCACUGGCAUCUUUCAACACAACGUGGAACUCAAUCAAGCACUGCGGCUUCAUUUGAACCGAAACAUCUCCGACACCGUCAACGAGAUAGAAGACAAGAUGGGCUGGGUCUUUGACAAAGAACUAGGCACUUCUCAAGAAUGGAAAUCGUUCCGUGUGCACCAAGUUUCCGUACGCAUGAUUGCGCGACUGGUGGCUGGUGUGUUUGUUGGCCCUCGCUUCGUCCUGGAUGACGAGUGGACCAAUCUCUCGCUUGGUCUCGCCACAGACCUGGUUUACGCCAGGGAUGCUAUCAAGAAAUGGCCAACGUGGAGUCAACCUUUUGUGGGACACUUUCUUCCGGAAAUUCGCACUACCAAUCGACAGAUUACCAGGAUGGCGGAGAUGUUAAAACCCGUCAUUAGCAGUAGUGUCUUGGAAAACGCUGGUACUGAACGUCAUAUCUACGACGAGGAAAAGCUACGACCGGCUUCCAAAGACGAGAAAUCUGAAGGUACCUUCAUGUCAUGGGUGCUGGACAGGCUGAAUAGUACGGAUGCGGAGGUUAUUGCGAGGGUUCAAUUAAGCUUAUCCUUUGCCUCCAUUAAUACGACUACAAAUGCACUUUGCUACAUACUACUAGAUUUGGCAACAAAACCCGAAUAUACGGAACCGUUACGUGACGAGAUCGAUCAUGUUAUUCGGGAGGACGACGUUCGCGAAGACGAGAGUGGAAUUCUGAGGUUCAAACCGUCGAGCCUGUCGAAGCUCUGGAAACUAGACAGCUUCAUGAAAGAAAGUUCCCGGCUAUCCAAAAAUGGCAUCACUUGCUUACGCAUGGUCAUGGACCCCAUAACCCUUUCCACCGGUCACAAACUUCCCAGGGGAACCCGACUAGCGUUCGACAUGAGGAGCGCCCACACAACCACGCGAUCUCAAACCUUCUCCCCGGAGUACAAUCCACCAGAGAACAAACCUCCCAAUGAGUUUGAUGGGUUCCGAUUCUAUCGUCUGCGGAAGAUGCCCGGGAAAGAGAACAAGCAUCUCUUUGUGACGUCAUCACCUGACUCUCUGACUUGGGGCUAUGGCAAUCACGCCUGUCCCGGACGUUUCUUCGCGGAUUAUGAAUUAAAGGUACUGUUGAUUGAGCUUCUGCGCAAGUGGGACUUUCGAGUUAAGGAUGCUGAAAAAACGAACUCUCAGGCGCUUAGGAAGAUGAGGGAGCUUGUGGUGGUUGUUCCGAAGGACGCGGAGAUUGAAUUGAGAAGGAGGAAGCUAUGAGUCUUGGAAGUCAUUGAUAGGCGCAUAGCGAUAGGUCUUAUACAAUGCGAUCCUCUUCAACAUAAAAGUAUGGUCGUGAGUGAAUCUUGGAGAUUUAUGUCGCAACUACUUUUCCUGUUCAUGCCAUGUUUUUCCUCGUGUGAAGUGUUCUUUGGACUAUCAUGAACUGAGAAACAACCGCGGCUCAUAACAUCUGACGUCUUUUCUUUUGGGCUAGAGAUUUAUUUUGCGGCGAAUGUCACAAAACAAUCAAUUUGCUUGCUGCAGUGGCUGUGACACAUUCAUUCUAAGAGAUAAUUACAGUUUAUGCGCUUCGCAUUACCAGCCAUACUCUCUGCCGAUUCUCUUAGCCAUGAUACAAUUCCUGAUUCCGGAUCAUGACCCUAUGACC